GCUUUAUACGCGUCUUUUUCGGCGACUUUUUGGUCUUCGGCCUGUUGCUACCGCUCCCAACCUCCCCCACUUUUGUCGGCCCUGCCUUUCCCUGUCUCGCCCCUCCCCUGGCAAUUGCGCCCGGGGCUUUGAUCGCAAGCCGGAGUCGGGCCUAGACAUCCCGCGGGCCACUGCCUUCUUUGGCUUGGGCGAAAGCUACGACCAAGCGCGGCUGGCCGUCGCCGCUCGGGCCUUGGAGUUCCUGGGCGGGCAGUGCCGGUAGGCCCUGCUUAGCCCUUCCCGAAGGACACCUGACCCAAAGAGGAAGAUUGUCUUGCGACCCUUGCAUGGUGUUUCAAAGGGUGGUGAACUAAGGUGGAAGAAUACAUGUUCACUUUUAGUGAACAAGAGCAUGUUCCCAAACUCCUCAAUUUUGGGUCGCCCUCCCUUCACUCCAAACCAUCAACAGCAUAAUAACUUCUUUACCCUAUCACCAACUCUUUAUUCACACCAGCAGCUUAUAGAUGCGCAGUUCAACUUUCAGAAUGCAGACUUGUCUAGAGCUGUGUCAUUGCAGCAGUUGACAUAUGGAAAUGUCAGUCCAAUACAGACCUCAACCUCUCCAUUAUUCCGAGGAAGGAAGAGAUUAAGCGAUGAAAAAAACCUUCCUUUUGACGGUAAACGACAACGUUUCCAUUCACCCCACCAAGAGCCAACUGUAGUUAACCAGAUAGUGCCUUUAUCAGGUGAAAGAAGAUACUCAGUGCCGCCAUUGUUUCACGCACACUAUGUACCAGAUAUAGUCAGAUGUGUUCCACCUUUUCAAGAAAUAUCAUUUUUAGAACCUAGAGAAAUCACACUGCCAGAGGCCAAAGAUAAGUUGAGUCAGCAGAUACUGGAGUUAUUUGAAGCAUGCCAGCAGCAAGUAAGUGACUUAAAGAAGAAAGAACUCUGUCGGACACUGCUGCAAAGAGAAAUUCAGCUGUUAUUUCCACAAAGCAGACUUUUUUUGGUUGGAUCCUCUUUGAAUGGAUUUGGUACCCGGAGCAGUGAUGGUGAUUUAUGCCUGGUUGUUAAAGAGGAACCAGUAAAUCAGAAGACUGAAGCACGGCAUAUACUCACCCUAGUCCAUAAACACUUCUGUACUAGACUUUCUGGCUACAUUGAGAGACCUCAACUGAUUCGAGCAAAAGUGCCAAUUGUUAAGUUCAGGGAUAAAGUCAAUUGUGUGGAGUUUGACUUGAAUGUAAACAAUAUUGUCGGAAUAAGAAACACAUUCCUUCUCAGAACUUAUGCAUACCUUGAAAAUCGAGUUCGUCCGUUAGUACUGGUGAUUAAGAAGUGGGCGAGUCACCAUGAGAUAAACGAUGCCAGUCGUGGUACUUUAAGCAGCUAUAGUCUUGUUUUGAUGGUUUUACACUAUUUACAAACCCUACCUGAACCCAUCCUUCCAUCCCUCCAAAAAACUUACCCAGAAUCUUUUAGUCCUGCUAUACAGCUGCAGCUUGUACAUCAAGCUCCAUGUAACAUUCCUCCUUACCUCUCAAAGAAUGAAUCAAAUCUUGGAGACCUCUUACUGGGCUUUCUUAAAUAUUAUGCUACAGAGUUUGACUGGGACAGUCAGAUGAUUUCAGUUCAUGAAGCCAAAGCCAUUCCGAGGCCUGAUGGUAUUGAAUGGAGAAAUAAAUACAUCUGUAUCGAAGAACCUUUUGAUGGAAAGAAUACAGCCAGAGCUGUGCAUGAAAAACAGAAGUUUGAUAUGAUCAAGGAUCAAUUUUUAAAGUCAUGGCAAAGAUUGCAAAACAAGAGAGAUUUGAACAGUAUACUACCUUUAAGAGCUGCUAUCCUGAAAAGAUAACUGGCCUCUGUUUCUUAAAUUCUUCUGAGAAAUAAAGAACAGUAGUAACACAAUGCAUUUUGUUUACCUCUGUCAUGGCUUCUUUUAAAUUGUUCUUUUUGUUUCCAUGUUUUAUUUUUAAAAGGACAUACUUACAUAAAGAUUAUAUAUUUUAUUAUGACAUUUCCUAAUAAACUUUUUGGUUUAAAAAUGUAUUUUUGAAAAUGUUUACAUUUAUGAUUGGUAAUGUUACGACAUGAGUUAUCAGAUCAGAUAAAAUAUUUUGGAGGGAAUUAACCUGAACAAAUCAAAGGUUUUUGAUAUAACUUCAGUAAGUUGUCCCACAUGCUAACACUGAAGAGAUUAGUGGAAUUUUAGAAAAGGUCUGAUUCAUACAUGCUUAAAAUGUAACCUACAGUAGAUAAUGUGUUGUCGAAGUCUGUUCUAGUAAAGUGAAGAUUCAAGUCAGUUAUUCAGUUACUUGAAGCAAAAAGAAAUCUUUUAUUUCAGUUCACAUUUCUGUGAAAUCACUGCGGAAGCGUGAAAUACUGGACAAUUGCCUUCAGUCUUCACUUGACUCGCUGGGAUAGACUGAGGCUUGAGGCUUUGGGUGUGUCUCUAUUAGCAUUUCAUUCAUACCUCACAGGUUUUUGAUGUACUUUUGAGAUUGCUUUAAAUUUUGUGUUAAAACAAUAAAACAUUUUGCACUGUAGUAAUAUGAGUGCUAACUCUGUAUUGUACAGCAGUUAGUGAAUUGUUUUGAAGAAUUCAGUGUAGACAGUCUGAAAAGAUUAAGUCCCCUGUACUUUAUAAUAGCUUAGUGCAGUGUGCACUUUUGCUUUACUUUGUGUUUUCCUGCUUUUAUUUUCCUGUGACAUGAAGCACCAGAAACUGAAAGAUCAGAGUUAAGAUUAUAUCCUAUUUAUAGUAUCAGAUUUUUUUUCUGUGUACAACUGUAGGAUUGUAAUCUAAACUGGAAUUUUUAGGCAGUAAGCCACUACAGAAUGUUUUAAAUGAGACAUAACAAAAUUAUAAAUAAAAGCUUAAUGUUUGUAAAGAUAUCUUUUUUAGUAUUUCUUUUCCACAUAGUGGUGGCUGCUAAGAAGGCUACAAUGUUUAUUAAGGUUGCUUUUGAUUUAUGUAAAUAUUUGUAAAUUGGUCAGUGCCUGUAAAUUUAAAUAUAAAAGUAAUCUUGAAACCAGUUUUAAUUUUUUCAGAAAGACUGUGUACAACUCUUUUAGACCUGCUGUAGCACAGUUUGUACCUCUAAUGUAUAUGUUUUUUGCAGAUCACUUCAAAUGCUAAAACUUUUGCUUUUCUUUGACUUGUAAAAGGUGCAUAUUUUCAUUUUCUUCUUUAAGUUUAAAUUUUUGUAUGAUGUUAAAUGAAAUAAAGUUUAUAUAUGGAAAUUGUU